UCAAACUAUGACUGACAUUUAACAUAUUUGUACACUCGGCUGUGCAUCUGCGUUGUACUUUCUAUUACAUUUAGUGAAUAAAAACAAUAAUCAUGGCAACCGAAGUAGAAGAAACGAUCAAAAGGAUUCAAGCUCAUAAAGGUGUAAUGGGAGUAAUCAUUGUGAAUCACGAAGGCAUACCCAUUAAAAGUUCUCUGGACAAUGCUACGUCAGUGUUAUAUUCUGGUUUAAUUGGUCAAUUAACGGAGAAAGCCAAGAAUGUUGUACGAGAAAUGGAUUCAACAAAUGAAUUAACAUUCUUCCGAGUAAGAAGCAGGCGGCACGAGAUUUUGAUUGCUCCUGAUCGUGAAUUUAUCUUAAUUGUAAUACAGAAUACAGCAGACUAGUCAUGUACCGGAA